ACGUCCUGCUGUAAUACUGUUACGUUCCUCGUCCAGAGAAGCACAACCCCUCCAUCACGACAUAAGACACACUGCUGCAUCCGUUCCCGUUCUCAGGGGCCAGCCAGCCGGUCCCUCGUCUCUCUCUCUCUCUCCCUCUCUCCCUCUCUCUACCCAUCCAACUCAGCGGCUGCUGCCCCGUGUCUCAAUCUCUCGGCCCUACAUGUCAGGUCUGGAAAACACGUCCCAAGUAUGGUCGUCCGAUGGCGACAGCUUGGGCUUGACAGACACAGGCUCCAGCACAGCCGUUGAAGGCUUGCCACCCGACGAGGAACUGUUUACGCCAGGAGACACCCUUGUGCCAACGGAAAGUAUCAACAGCAGUCUUCUCGUCACACCCGCAGCAGAACUUGCACAAUCACCACUCCCCAACCCGUUCGCGGAACUUGAAAGUCCAUCAGUGAAGCCAGAAGGAACAACAGACAGCGCUCAGCUCACAGUGGAAGAUACUCUGAAAAGCCUGCCACCCCGCAGAAACUCGCCUCUUGAGGAGUUUCUGAGUCUCAAACCGACCGAAGGUCCCCACAUUGACGCGGGUGAAGAUGGCCGAACAACUGAAACACAGGCCGUAGCGAAUGACGUUGAAGCCCCCGACGUAGAAGAAGAGGACGAGCACGCCCUUGCGCCUAUCUUGGCGCACAUAGAUGCUGCCUUGGAGGCGGUGGCUCUACCGCAUGAGCCGGAAAUUGUUACCGAGGUUGAGUGGGGUGCGUUUGGGGAUGGUGCAGGAGCGAGGGUGGACGCAUCAGGGGAGAGUGAGCAGAUCGGAGGGCUGGUGGGUGCGCAAACGAAGGCAGACACGGGGGAGACGAGUCUGCUGGAUGACGACGUCCGGAAUGCUGAUGCCAAUGCCGAUGUGCAGACGGCACCAUUGCUGGACUCGGCCGGACCCCCGCUCGAUUUCAGCUUGGUAGACGACACUGCCCACAAACCACCGGACGAUCCGGACUCCACUAUCAUCCAAGCAGAUCCAGCGUCACAGUCGCAAGUCCUCGAUUUCAGCCUGCUGGACGACACCGCCCACAAACCACCCGACGAAUCAAAUUUCACGACCCCAAUAUCACAGCCUCAAACCGACAACGCAUUCGAUGCUCCCUCCCCAGACCCACAACCAAAAGAUGAACCUCCAGCAUCAUCUCCCUCCCAACAAUCCCCACCACCCUCGCAAUCCGCCUUCACAGCCUUCCUUCCCCCACCACCCGCGCCCUCAUCCACUCUCACAUCCUCCCAAACUUCCCUCCUAGGCUCCACCCCCUUCCUCCCGCCCCCGCCAGCAGCCGGACCCCUCUCCACGGGUUUCAACGACGACGACGACGGGUUUGGGUCAGACGAUGGGUUUGGUGAUUUUGGCGAGUUUGGGAGGGGGCAUCAUCAUGCGGCCCCUCCUGUGGUUGCAGCGCCGGUGUUGAGCGCCCCGCCACCGACAGCUGCGGAUGGCGAGGAUGAUUUUGGCGAUUUUGAUGAUUUUGCUCAGCCGAGUGGGGGUGGGGUUGUCGCUGCACCCGAUGUACGGCCGACACCAACGACGGCCGCACAGAAUAGGGAUGCGGGGAUAGGCAAUGUGUUUGAUGUCCCGCCGGAUCCUCAAGCUGAGGAGCGGAUUGCUCGGUUACUCGACGCCCACCUCCCCCACGCCGCAUUAUCCAUUCAAACCCUCGUAGACGAUUUCAACGCCAAGCUAGCCAAACUCUUCCCCGCGAGCGCGUUACCGGAAAGCAGCGAGGCUGGUGCCGUGGUCUCCUUUUUGGCCACUGACGAGUCGGCGGCUGAUGAUGGUGCUGGUGCAACAGCGGGGGAGGGGAAGCCGAAGACGGUUGUGCCGAAUGCGGGGUUUGCUGGGGAGGAAUGGUACAAAACCUACCAAAAACUCGCCUCCGAAACCUGCUACAACGACAACAUCGGCAAACAGUUCCGCUGGCGUAAGAGCCAUAUCCGCCACGCGUUCCUGCAAGGGUUGGAUAUCCAUGUCAACCUAGACGAUACACCUCGCACGACAGCCCCACCCCUCCUGCACGAAACAUCCUCCUCCUCCUCCGCCUUCUUCUCCAACUUCCCUCAACAAGGCAGCACACCCACAUCAGCCUUCCCACCUGCCUCGGCGCUAACAACCCCCGCGUUGUCCCGCCAGCCGUCGGAUGUGGGCAGUGCUGCGGAGUUUUCUGUGGCGAAGGGCAAGGGGAGGGAACAGGAGUUGAGUGAGGCGAAGAGGUUGUGUGAUUUGACUGAGGACGACCUCCGCAACAAAUCCCUCACGGAGCUCUCCCAACUCAUCGCGCAACUGACAACGUACCACCGCAAACUGCAAGAUCAGGCGAACUACUGGCUCGACUCGAAGGAGCAGCUGGUGAUGGACGCCGAGAUGCAUAAUAAGAUGAUCGCCAGUUUGGUGCAGUAUGCGCAAAUGCAGCAGGUUGCGCCCAAGGCGGGAUCGCGAAGCACAUCGCCAGGCAAGAAAGGGCGGCGCUGAGGCACUAAUCAAGGACGACGACGACGCAGGGUGGGAUGCAGAGAUGGACUGCAAUCGGAAAGUGCAUGGGACUUGAGAAUACACCCUACACCCCACGUGUUCCCUCGUUCGCGGGACACUAUUGCAUGGCUUCAUUGGUUAUCUCCAUAUCAUUUUUUUUGGGAUGUUCACCAAUAGAGAAUAGGGACGGUGAUGUUUCUGGCUGGUUAAAUUACGCCCGUUUUUCACUUCACCGUGGGGUAUGAAGUGUAUGCGGCUUCAGGGGGCUGUAUCCUAGAUCGGCCUCAAAGGGGGUCAUGCCGGUUGACUGGUUUCGUGCGUCAUUGUAUGCGAAUUCGAGGCGGAAAGGUAACGAGACCAGUUGCGUCCUGAGAGGUCGGGGAUGC